AACCGGAUAUGUCUACACCUUUGGCGGUACUGCAAUUUGUUGUGUUUCAAAGUUGCAGAAAAUUGUAUCUCUGUCAAGCUGUGAAGCUGAGUAUGUUGCGGUAACGGAGGCAACAAAAGAGAUGAUGUGGCUACAGUCUUUUCUAGAAGAGCUAGGCUAUGACCAAGAGAAAAGUGUGUUAUACUGUAAUAGUAAAAGUUCCAUCGGUUUGGCAAAGAAUCCGGUUUACCAUGCUCAGACGAAGCACAUACAUCGUCGGUAUCAUUUCAUCAGAUCAGCGUUGAAAGAUGAAAUGUUGGUGCUUGAGAAGAUCUCACGAAGCAAGAAUCCGACAGACAUGUUGACGAAGGUCAUGCCAUGUGAUAAGCUGAGGUUGUGUGCAACCUUAGUUGGCUUGUUGGAGUAACAAACUGAGAAGACCUGCGACAUUGAUCAAGGUGUUAAGACAGAUUGAAAUCAGUCUUCAAGUGGGAGAUUGUAAGUCAAAGAACACGUUUUUUUUGUGUUGGCCGGUGAUGGACGGUGAAGUUGGACGGUGAAAGAGGAGGCCAUUUUGUCAAUAAUUAUGGCUUUCACAUGUCCAAGCUUCUGCUAUAAAUACUCAACGUAAGGUGAAGAGCAAAGCAUCCCAAAUCAAGAAAACACAGAGAGAACAAAGAAAGAGAAGAAGAGAAGGAGAGAAAAAAAAAUUCACAAAAAAUCUUCUUAAAAAAAUUACGAGUAAUUUUUUAAGUGUAUUUGGGAUCGGGGUGUGAGUUGAGAGCUUGUAAAAAUUUUCCGGGUUGAUAAUAAAAGAUCCGUAGCAGGUCCGGAGACGUAGGCAACAUUGGCCGAACUCUGUUAACAAUUUUAUGUGUAUGCUCUUUUUCCGUUCCCAUAAAUUCUGGUUUACCGCAAAAUUUGACCGCGUAUUUCCUAACGGUCACGGGAUUCUAGAUGUUCAUGGCAAAGCAAGCAAGAAGCAUCCACUUGAGGAUUCAACUUGAGAACUCUGUCACCUGUUGACCGUUGAUCCUUAGUAGCCAACCAAGUGAACAUAAUACUUUGGAGUUGCAGCAGAGAACCAAUCUCCUUUAUACCAGACCACUUCCUAUUAUUAAAACAUAAUGAAAAUAAUCAAAUAAUUAUAAUAAGAAAUCAAUUGAUAUGUUUAUUUAUUUUCAUAUUUUUUUCUAAUUUUUAAUUAUUAAUAUUAUAUAUUUUUUUAUAAUAAAUUAAAUAAUAUAAAAAUAUUUUGAUUAAUAUAUUUAUAUUUUGCUAUUCCAUAAAUUAUCCAUUCGUACAACUAAAUCAUUUUGCACCAACUAAAAUUUUUUUUUUCUCCAAAUUUUUUUUAUUAUUUUCCAAGUUUAAUUUUUUUCCAUGAUCUCCCGAUUAAGUAACCGGAGCCACGUGCACACAUUUCCCAUCUAAUGGACUUUUUUCAUAUUCUUCUUAUUCUAUUUCUACAUUUUAUUGAUUGGCUAAAUACACAAAUCACAUUUUUACUUUUAAUGGACAAUUCAAGUUACAAGAAGAAAAGAAAUUGAAUCACACCGUCUUUUCGUAUGCCUGAUGGGAAAUCGGAGCAGCGUGCUUAAAUAAAAGUAAUAAAGGCGGUCAUUGAUUGAAUGGUACUGCACAUGCCUAGUUCCUUUAUUUAACUGUGUUUUAUAACGUUUCUAUCUACAAAAGUGUCGACAUGGCUUCUGCAAAUCGUCAACAGAACAAGCUUGAUGCCACGUUCAAAGCUAUGUUCAAAACUGAUGCAGAUAACUUUCAGAAGCUUCUAGAAUGCUUAGAGCCGCUACGCCAGAACCAUGUACAAGUUGACAGCUUUAUGCUUUCCGAUUUGCUCAGCUUCUUUCUGACACCAACCCGAAUGGUUAAGCACGUACAAGUCCUAACAACGAUCCCUUACAAAGAUGUACGCGAUAGUGUGUUAUCCAAGGCAUAUUCCUUAGGGAUUUGUCCUCAAAGCCAUGAAAUGAAUCUACUUCACAUCUACGAAGUUUGCGAGUGGAUGAAAACUAGAACAGGUACUGAAGCUAUUGUCGAAGUACAACGUACCGAGAAGCUAAAAAGACGAGCCAUUUCGCAAGGGAGGACAGUGGCAGAAUCGGCUAUGAUCAGAGCGUUUAACGCUCAGUUGGCUGAAUAUAGCUCUGAGCUCAAGAAAGCUCUGCAGGAUGAUAGUGUCGGUCUCCAGGAUAAGUACUGGCCAGUUUCUGUAUUUAAUGUAGACACCAAUAUUUCCCAAGAAGAAGCUGUUCUUGCUUAUUGUAGGAACGAUGGAGUGAAAGGUGGUUUAUUCAAGUAUGUUGAAGGAUUGAUUGAGCGUAAGAUGAAAAAUUUUGCUAUACGCGAAGCGAGUAAGCUUCGGGUUGUUCUCAAGGAGAUGCAAUGUUUCGGAGUUCCGGUUGAUGAAGAUGUAGAAGUUGAGUUUUCUCCGACUAAAGAUGCGAAUUGUCGUGUGGGUGGGAAGAGGAAGUCUGUACUUGGUCAUAGCGGAGAAACAUCUUAUGAGAUGAAGAAACGUCCUAAACAAAAUAAGUAGAUUUAACUUCAGAAAAGGUUUCAUUAAUGUUUUUUUUUGUCUCUCGAGUCUCUUUGUCCUACGACCAUCUCCAACCCACCUCUAUUUUCAUCUUUAUAUUUUCUUCUAAAAUAGAGAAUCUCUAUUAUAGAGGUGAAUUUGCUCCAAUGUAUGCCUCUAUAAUAGAGUUUUUCUAUUUAUAGAGAAAAAUAUAGAUGUGCUAUUUUCACUUUUAAAUAUAGAGGUAAAAAGUAAUAUUCCUCUAUAUUUUCCUCUAAAAUAGAAGAACUCUAUUAUAGAAUUAUACAUUGAAGCAAAUCCAUCUCUAUAAUAGAGAUCUCUAUUUUAGAAAAAAAUAUAGAGGCAUACAUUAGAGAUGCUCUAACGUGUAUGUCUCGUCUUUUGUUGUACUGGUGUCUUUAGAUGUUAAUUCAAAUAUUUUCUUUGAAAGUAAAUUCAAUGUUUUUAAACAGGCUAACAUCAACCAGAUAGUUGUUGUUACUAAGCUCAGAUUUAUAUCCACAGUAAUUGUAGGGGAUGAAUUCGACCAUCCCUCAAGGCCCGAAGAAUAGACGGUCCGGCCCGUAUAAGACAUAGCGACAGCUCGGGUUGAUGGCUUGGAGCGCCGAUCCCUCGGCGCGACGCGAGAGUGCUUUUGGUCGAUCGCAGGUCGACUAAAAGCAUCCAGCUCGACGGCUCCUCGAAGCAACGUGGACUUUUCGGCCCAACGAGUUAAAAGCCCACGAAGGCGACGCGAGCAAGGUCACGAAAGAGCACCAAAUCGGCUAUAUAAGGAGAGAAGGGUGCGACGUAAAGAGGAUCCGAAAUCACUCACACAUACUUGGCGGCUAGAUUAGGGUUUUACCUUUAUUCUCUCGCCAUAUUGUACUUUCCCGGCAAGCUUUCCGAGCUCCGGUUUCCUUUCUGGCGCAGUACCGAAGA